GAUUAAAUUAUCUGUCAUUGUAAUAAUUUCAAGUUACAUUGACCCUCUGUAGUGUUCGGCACUUUAUAAAACUUAUUUUCACGCCUAGUACACGCAGUAGUACUUUGGACAAGAAAUAAAUAAUUAACGAUCUCAUAAUGGGUGUCGAUAUUUUGGGAUUUGCUUAUGCUGCUACUGUUGCGGCCGGUGGAAUUAUGGGUUACGCUAAAGCAGGAUCAAUUCCAUCAUUGGGAGCAGGACUUAUUUUCGGGUCAAUUCUAGGUGUAGGUGCAUACCAACUGAGCCAAGAUCCCUCAAACUACACUUUGAUGUUGGGCACCACAACUACUCUUGGUGGUCUUAUGGGAUAUAGAUUUUACAACAGUAGAAAGUUCAUGCCAGCCGGUCUAGUAUUUGUAUUAUCAGUGGGAAUGCUGGCAAAAUUGAUGGUCAAAAAUGUCGGAUCAAAAUCAGCCUUUCCUGUAAAGACUGGCUGAAUCAUAGAUGUUUUUUAAAAGUUCUAUUUUAGUUUUAGGAAUGCUUAUGUUUAAGAAAACUUCACUCAAACUCCUUGUAAAAAGGUUUUUGUCGAUUUUAUACUCUGUGAACAACUUUUUUUAUCUGUUAUAUUAAGUUUAUUUCUUAUCUGUACUGGGAAAAUAUAUUUGUGGAUUGUUAUUAAUUUAUUUGUUAGAAAAUAUGUAUAAAAUGGUCAUUGGUGGUUGGAAAUGUUAUGAAAUUCUUAUGGGGUACAAAUAAAUAAAAAAAAGUUCA